GAACACCUUUACAUUUUAUGACUCCAAGACUUACUUUAUGCUUUUAAAAUAAAUUAGUACUUCGCUAUCGACUAUUUUUCGUGUGUUUCAGUUAUUUUAUUUUGCUUAGUGUUUUAUAAUGGAUGAAGUGGAUCAGAAUUGUGGUGACGAACUAAUAAUUGUGAAUAGAAGAUGUGAAUAUUGUGUCUCUAAAAAGUUCAUUUGUUCAGUUGUGCCUUAUUUUAGAAAAUUGUUUUCUAGCGAUGAAUUGGAAUCAAAGGAAAACAAAGUGACUCUAGAUUUUGAUGAGCAUGCCUUUGAUGCUCUUCUUAAUUGGAUUCACACAGAAUUAUUCAUCAUUCAAAUGGAUUAUGUGAUAAGUUUUUAUGAAGCAGCUGAUUAUUUGAUGAUCAGCAAACUUUUGUUCAAACCUUGUUUUGAGUAUUUCCACAAUAAUUUUACCAUAAAAUAUCUUCCAGUUGUCUUACUUCAGAUUAAAAAAUCUUCCAAAUUGAUAACUCCAGGAGCUGUUAAUAGCUUCAUUUGUCGCCAUAUCUUGAAAAUCGCUGCUACUGAUACUUUUCUGGAGUAUCCAGUUGAAACAGUUGAACAUAUUUUUAAAUUAGAUUUAAUGAUUUACUCUGAGUAUCAAGUUUUUCAAUCAAUCAUGAAAUGGGUAAAUAAGAAUGUUGAUUCAAGAAAAGAAUUCCUUUCAAGCCUAUUGAAAUUCGUGCGUUGGUCUUUCAUGGAUCCUGUUGGAUUAUCAAAGGUUAAGAAAAAUGAAUUAAUAAAGGCUCUAAGAAGCUUUGAUUCAAUCCUUUCCUCCAAGAGUGACUGUGGAUUCAAUCGUACUAAACAAAACUUCUUCGUCUCAAUCCAAGAAUUGGAUGAUCAUUCAAAGUUGCGGAUAAAUAUAUUUGAUAAAGAUCUAUUUUCAUUACCGAUUGGUGAUUUCACUGAAGAUAGAACAAUGCCAACCCAAUUCGUUCAUGGAGAAAGCAUUUCAGAUAUUUUAUUUAAUACUGGAAGAAGAUGUAUCCGAGUUGAUUGGGUCAAAAAGACAUUUUAUAGGCUUGAUAGUGAGCACUAUAAACCCUAUUACCCGAAAAUUCAUAAAUUGAUUGUCAAUUUUCAGGAUGAUCGUAGUCAAUAUUCCUGCUAUUUGGAUGCUAAAGCCACUGCACUUGGAGAUGAAAUUCCCAGUAACUCAUAUUUAUUGGUUGAAUAUAAUGAUGGAUUUGUCUACAUCGGAGAAACUUGUCGAGAAACUCAAUAUUUUGGUAUUUUCCCAGCGACGGAUUCAAGACAAUUCAAUAAAUACAAUAAUAAUUAUGAUUUUGAAUUCCAAGCGACUAUUUUGGACAAAAUUCUUUAUGUCUUCACAUCGGAUAGGGAUUUUUUCCAAUUUAAUAUGGAAACCCGUUCAUACAAAAAGAUUAAACUAUUUGAAGAUGGUGAAGAUUUGUCGGCUAAACACAUAAUCUUAACUUCUCUUUAUACAGAAGAUGAUAAGAUAAUUCUGAUCGACAAUCCCGGAAAAUUCUAUGUUUAUUGCAUUAAACAGAAGAAAUGGUUUGAAAAGUAUGAAUUCUUCAAUGUAGAUCCCAAUUCCAACGAUUCUUAUAAAGGUGUUGAUAAGUUGAUUGCCUUCACCUCAACGUUUCUACCGAUGAAAAAUAUAAAACCAUUGUUUAGGCGAGACUUUUUAUAACUCUUACAGCUUUCUAACAGUUAGCAGUUCAUUAUGACCAACAUUUAAUCUGAAUUUAAUUUCCUUUUCAUGUAAAUUAUAAGACAAAUUGCGAACAUUCAUGCAAUAUACAAAGUGUACUUACCAUGCCUUUUAUUUAAAAAAAUCCAACUGUCAAUACAAUCCAUAUUGUGAUUAUUCAUGAAAAUCGAUACAUGAAAUUAGGAUAGACUAAAUUCGAAACAUAAUGAAAGAUUUCUUCGGUUUCGUUCGCUAAAGAAAAUUAAUGUGAAUUUACAUUCUUACGAAAUUAGCAUGACCAAAAUAAAUUCUUUGUCUUAAAACUUUAGCUUUACUAUUUUCAUUAGACUGUGAGUAGAGAGUGGGAUUCAUUGAAACGCUUCCGUUGGUUAUUCUUUAGCCAAAUGAUCAAAAUGAUCGGUCCAACUCUGAUCCUUAACCACGUGUUUCCCAGUUUUCUGGUGUUUUCAUCACCAAA